UGGCCGCCUCCUCGGACAGGCUCAAGCAGAGGGUUCGAACAGAGGUAGAGAUGUCGUCGGUUCCACGCCCGACACCACCCGCAUUGCCUCCCUAGCUCUGCCGCCGCCCUGUACGAAUUAAACUACACGACGCUCCAUGAAGCAGCGAUGGCUCUUUGACGGCUUGUCGCACAUGGCAGCGACGUCGGCGUCUGGGCGGGGGGUGUCGACGGCGGUGUUGACGGAGACAUGACAAGUCGACCAAUCAGAACGCGCGAAUUUUCACCUGCCAUGCCAUUUUCGAUUUUGAUCGCAAGAAACGAAGCGGCUGCGGCGGAAUGGGUCAGUCGGGGUCUUCGGACAUCUCGAUCUUUGAGGAGGGGGAAAUGGAAGCCGAGUUCGAGAAAUUUGGCGGGAAGGGCAACAUCUCGGUGAAGGAGUUCAUCUCGGACGGGUACGACUUGGUCAUUGACUCGGUCAUUCGCCCGCCUCGUGCCAAGUACUCGGUUGACGAACUUGGCCCGAGAGAGUAUCAACUGGAGGACCCCGUCACGAACGCUCCCAUCUUCGUAACUCGCACCGAUCGAGUUGUUAUGAACGAACGUCAGCUCAGUCUUGCUUGCUCUCACUGGAAUCCCGUGGAAGACGAUCGAGUGACCGUCAAGCCGGCCCCAUGUUUAGUCUACCUGCAUUCGAACGUCGGGUCGCGAAAAGAUGUCCUUCGCCUGCGCGACCACGCCCUUCGCCUCGGGUUUUCCGUGUUUGCCUUCGACUUCUCCGGGUCGGGGGUAUCCGACGGCAUUUACGUCACGAUGGGAUGGCUCGAGUCGAGCGACCUCAAGUACAUAUUGGACGACCUGGACUCGAAGAGUACUGUGCUGAGCGUGUCGCUUUUCGCCCACAGCAUGGGCUGCUACCCAGCACUUCUCAACGUUGCGAGUCGAUUCCAGCAAACCGCGGAACUUGUCGUCAAAGGCGGCUCCAUCGAUGCGAUUCCUCAAGUAUUCCGUAAAUGGAACAUCGAGCCAUACGCAAAGCGCAUCACGGGACUCGUCCUCGAUGGCGCGUACAGCAACAUGCACCAAUGCAUUGACGACCUUGUGCUCAACGUGAAGAAAGAAGGAUUCGGCGCGCCCAAGCUCAUGCUCAAGGCUGCCGCGCGCUUUGUUCAAAAGUCCGUCGAGAAGCGCACGGCCGUCCACAUGGACUUUUUGCGGCCCGUGGACCUCGUCGCGUUCAUCAAGUCGACCCCCGCGCUCCUCGUUUGCGGCGCCGACGACAAGUACGUUGGCCCUGCGCAUACGCACGAAUUGGCGGCGGCAUACGGCGGGCCGUGCGCGAAACUCAUUGUUGACCACGCCGACCACUACAGUCCCCGCCAGUCGGACGUGUACCAAGUUUCGCUUCUCUUCCUGCUGCAGCAAAUCGACGCGACAUCGCACGAUGCUGCUGCGUCAGCGUUGCUGUCUCCGACGUAUCAAGCCCACCUGCGCGACAUUGUGGCACAGUCCUCUCGAACGCGCCGCUGAUUGCUUCCACACCUUCUACGUACCCAAACACGAAUGGUAGUCCGACCUCUUCCGUGUGCCAUGGCCGCGUGCUUGAAUGAACACUGCAUGACAUCGUGUAAGCUACCAAUAAUUCUCAAUCAGAGGGCGUUCUGUUGGCAGCGAUCCCAUCGCGGCCGGCCCUCCCGCCGACGAUCCUGUCCGCCACGACGAAUCGGCGGCGCAUCCGCUGCCACUGCUUGCGUUGGACGACGUGACGAGAAAUUCGUAGUCGAGGUCGUCGGGCGCUUUGAAGUCGUCGACAAAGUCGUACUCGUCCGUCCUGCGCAACGCUUUGGCGGCAGCCCCGCUCGUGUCGACCGCGGCAGGCGACGUAUCCGUCGCGUCGGCGGCGCGCGCAACUUCGCCUUCGACGUACGUUUGGUAGAACGCGCGAAGGUCAACGAUCGAGCGAUACGGAAACGGGCCCAGGAACGCUUUGUCAAAUGCGAGGCGCAGCAGGGUGUCGCAGAAGCAGUCGUCCUGCUUCCGCCAUUGCGGAGCUUUCCGGUGCGGCGCCAUGAGCGUCGCCAGCGUCCGCGGUGAAAACUUGAGCAACUCGUACACGUCGAAUGCUUCGUCCGCGGCAAGGAUGUCGGGCGCGAGGAGUUUGAUCAGCGUGAGGCCAAGGCGGUGGAUCACCUUGCUCCCUUCCGAGAAAAACACGUCCCACACCCGCAGCGUCGUUUCGAGGGGCAGCGUGUUGACAAAGAGGCAGAGGAACCACUUGAACGUGACUGGGGCCAGGUGCACGUGGAGCGCCUGCAGGUGGUGCGCCACGUGGGGCAGCUUCUGUUCGAUAAGCGCAGCAAACACAUGCUGGUCGACGCGACUUCCAACCAUCGACUUGGUGUGGUAGCCAGGCACGAGGUCCUCCACGAUGCACGCAAGGACCCAGAACGCCUCUUCCUCGCCCAAGUACACGAGCAGCAUCGCGCCGAGAAAGUUCAUGCUUUGGCAGUACCCGACCUUGGGAUUUCGCAAACUGUACAUGGACAAGAGCCGCCGCAGCUCGGAAAUGGACGCUUCCCGCUCGUCGCGCGUGUCCGGCUCAUGGGGGAAUGUUCGAUACAGAUCCUUCUCGAUCUCGGUGCUCACGUCGACGCGGACUUCGUCGGCGCGCCACAGGAGCGACUCGUACUGGUCUGAGAUGGAUGCGGUCGAUCGUUUCUGCGCCGCACCACUGCAGAGCCACCACACUUGGCCGCGAUACUCGAUGGGAACGCCAGACCGAAGCAUCGUGUCGACUUGCCACUGCCCGAGGGAGAACCCCAUGAAACCCAUAUGCCCUGCGUCCGAUAGACUCCGCCGCCGAAACCCUGCAUGCUGCUGGAAGUGCUGGUCGGAGACGCGUUCGGCCAAAGACGGCCGGGAGUGGUCGGCGGGCGGCGACGAGCUCGUGGACGGUACCGGUUCCUCGAGCGUGCGUUUGCGCCACUUUUGCAGCCAGUCGAGCUCCCAUUCCUUGGACGUGAACUUUUCUUCCCACUUCUUCUUUUUCGCAGACACCAUCGACGUCAUUUCGAUUUCUCGGUUGUGAGCGGAUGCCACGUGGUGCGACAAAACCGACCCGCGGCCCCGGGACGGCGACGACGGACUGUCGCACCCCAACGACGCGUACUGACACCGAAGGGACUUGAGACCGACGCAGUCGCACGAUGCGGUCGGUGGUUGACCGUGCUGGUAAUGAAUCGACGACGCACGAGUCCUUUCGUUGGAGAAAAAUCGUCGUUUCGGCGUCGGAGGCGACCCGACUGCCGAUGUCGUGUGGUGCAUCGACCCUGCACGGGCCUUUGUUCGCGGCAAGCAAAACCGCUCUUUUGGCCGCAUGCACUUGAGGAAGCUUCCAUGGCUCCUUUCGUUGUCGCCGAACGCAGGUGCAUGAUGCUGCGGUGCCGCCGACAUCGCUCGCACCUGGAAAUAGUUUGC